GAGAGAGAGAGAGAGAGAGAGGAAGAAAAUGAGCGCGUCUACCUGUAGGCUAUUAAGGUGUGUGUGCGGUAAGAAAGUGAGUGUGUUUAUGGGAAAUCUCUCUCUCUCUCUCUCAGUGUGUGUGUGUGUGUGUGUGUGUGUGUGUGUGUGUGUGUGUGUGUGUGUGUGUGUGUGUGUGUUUACACAGACGGGAAUACUACGCCAGAGGAAGUGCGCCGGUUCUCCGUCUGCGCGUCCCGACUUCCUGCUCUGAGGCAGAGGAGAGAAAAAGCUGCAGAUCCGCUUUCAGACAGCAGCGGCAUGGAGCCCCGACGACACACACACACACACACACACACACACACACACACACACACUCCGCUUUAAGACACAAACACGCACCUCCAACACGGCCAGAGGAGCAGCGGAGCACAGCAGGGUAGAUCGCCUGUGUCUCUGGUGUCAUCCCGUCAUGGAGAGUUCCAUCACACUCUGGCAGUUCCUGCUGCAGCUGCUGAUCGACCAAAGCCACAAACAUCUCAUCUGCUGGACGUCCAAUGAUGGCGAGUUUAAGCUGCUUAAGUCAGAAGAAGUGGCCAAGCUGUGGGGGCUGCGCAAAAACAAGACCAACAUGAACUAUGACAAGCUGAGCAGAGCCCUGCGCUACUACUACGACAAAAACAUCAUCAAGAAGGUGAUCGGCCAGAAGUUCGUCUACAAGUUUGUGUCGUUCCCUGAGAUUCUGAAAAUGGACCCUGCGGUGGUGGAGUCGGGCCGCAGCAGCGAGGAAAGUGGGGGAGCGACGUCAGAGCCCGAGGCUGACGACGAGGACGGGGGUGGGAGAAACCAAUACCUCCACUCCAGCCUGUACUCCUCCUUCACCAUCAGCUCCCUGCAGCACUCCUUGGACCGGCCGAUCAAGACGGAGCCCAGAUCCGAUCACCACGGCGACAGCUCCUCCGUGAUCCGAUUUGUAACCAACCGCGGACACUCCUCCCUGCCCCCCACCCCACCCCCAUCCUCGGCUGAGACCUCCUAUUCCUCCAGACCGUCUCCGGGGAAGGCCCGCUCUUCCUCCUGCUCCUCCUCCCCGCCGCAAAGCCCUGCCAACACACUGUGGAGGGGGCGGGGCCAGCGCUCAGAGACUAAUGAGUUCGAGCAGAGUGCCCAACCUCUAAACCUCUCAUCUGGUCAGAGGGAGAGAGAGAGGUCACAGGCGAUGCCAGAGAGCAGGAGAUUGGCCAAUAGCGGGCUUUUGAAAAGCAGGAAACCCAAAGGGUUGGAAAUCUCUGCCUCCUCACUCCUCCUGACAGGAAGCGACCUCGUCUCCAUUGCUCUCAACAGCCCGGCGCUGCCUUCAGGCUCCCUGACCCCUGCCUUCCUCACCACACAGACUCCGUCUGGUCUGCUGCUCACUCCCAGUCCUCUACUUUCCAAUAUCCAUUUCUGGUCCAGCCUGAGUCCAGUGGGACCCCUCAGCCCUGCACAACUGCAUAGCCAUGCCCCUCUCUUUCAGUUCCCCACUCUGCUGAAUGGACACAUCCCUAUGCCUUUACCCAGCGUGGACGCUCCGUCUCCUCUGCUGCUCUCCUCCAGCUCCCACAAGUGCUGAUGCCAGCCGAAGCUCCAAGAGCAAACUGGGCCAAACCGAGCCGGGCCAGAUCGCCAAUCAGCCAUAGACUCUGACGAUGAACCACACAGGAGUUGGACUUCCUCUGAGUCUAUUUAGACUUUGAUGUGAAACCUGUUCUUUUGCAUUUAUCAUAUGAAGAAACAGGAGCUUCACUCUGAAGCUUUGCUCUCUGAGGAGUAUCCGCAUUAGACAUUUCUUUGUGUUUACUACAGUUCAACUCCUCAUGUUCUUUACAUGUAUGUUUGGUGCUUCAUUUCAGGCAAAGAAAUUGAAUCGAGGUCAGACCUCAUCAUGUUUCUCAUCUCAUUUUAUAUCUCACUUGGUUUAAACAUCAGUGAUACAGACUGGUAGCAAUUUUAAUGAAUGUUAUUCCUACCCUGACUAAUGUCAAUAUCCACACCACUGACUCAAACAAUGAUCUGGGGAAAUCCUUGUCAAGAAUUAUGAGAUAACAAGAUCUGAAGAAUGAUAGAUACUUCCCUUAAUAGACUCAAGUACUAUUAAGAAAAAAACAGUUUGCCUUACUCAUUGCAAAGGUGACGAAAUCUAACCAGCGGCUAAAAGCUUACUAGUCAGAAUAUUGACUGCAGAAAUUUAAAAAAAAA